UAAGCAAAGAACCAGAUGAUGACGCCUUUGACCCGGACGAACUUGACGCGGAAAAAACUACAGAUGAAACAUCUUCUGCUUCUCUCAAUCAGAAUAAAGCGUCAGCUACCGGAACAAAAAUGUCGCCGAACAAAACCGAACUAGUGGACAAGCUCCGCGCCGGUAUUUUGGAAGCUGCGUGUCACAGGUACUUCGCAACAACGAAGGGGAAGUACGCGAGAGACCACGACGGCCUGGAGGCGAAAGAAGCUUACCACCAAUUGAAGAAGUUCGGGAUCAGAAUCUACAAGCAGGAAAAACUUCGACGGCAGGGCGGAAGGAUUUUCGGAGCUUCUGAGAGUGAUAAAGAGUUCUCCGCACAGGAGCAAGAGCGCUACUUGGAAAAGUUGAAGCAAGCUGAAAAACUGCCGGAAGACACGCCGCCCGACGGGAUCACGAAAGAAUUCUGUGUGGAGGAGCCGGAGAAAGACGAGCCAGCGUCUUCCUGGUUCGGCGGUGGCGGGGGAAAGAAAGACAACACAAAACUACACAAGAAACGACCUGCGCAACUCAAGAUGAGAUCGAAGCACAAGCUCCUCGACCUCGCGAAGCAAAAGCCCGACGGGCCGGUGAUCAAUUUCCCCAAAACCAUCCAGAACGCCUACGACUUGAACAGCUGCAAUUUGAACCCGGCUGGUGAAUAUGCAUUGCAAAUAUGUCUGGGUCUGGAAGAAUGCAACUUGUAAUGCUAAUUCUGGAUCGUGCAAAAAUGAAAAUCUGUGCUGCAUGAAUGCCAAAAGUUGUCCACACUUUUGACUCAGUUUAGAGAAAGUUUCUCAUGAUGCAGGAUAGGCAUGAUAGGGAUUUCACAGAAUCUUUUAUGCUAGGCCCUGCAUUCCAGACGAGAUGGAUCAUGGAAAACCUGCAUGACAAGUCUCGCAAUCUCCCAGACCCAGACACUUUUGCAAUCCAUAGCGAGGCUUUGCCGAGGAAUCAUUCUCCGCCGGCUUUCAAAGUCUUGUCCGACGAAAUUCCAACCAGCAAAAAAACCGCCACUUUCAGCCCGGAGAUGUUCGACCGAUACAAAACGGUGUUUUCCCAUGAGAAUCCCUGUUUGUUCGACGACUCCCCGGUGGACUGCAUGUUAACAGCGGAGCAAAAAGUCGAGAAAAAUUUUCUGUUAGAAGCGCUGAAAGACGACGGUCAGGAAGUAGUGCACGGGAAAAAUGACGAAACGACUGCGUUUUUGUUUGACGUGAAAGCGAACGAAUACGCGAUUUGCGGUGCUACCGGGACAUCAAAUCCGACUUUGCAACACGGGGCAAUGCACUGCGCGAAAAUCCGGAUCACGAAGUACCCCAUUUACCCGAUCUUUCCGAAGAAACUCCGGAGGGAACACAGGACCGCGUUCGAGAUGCCGCGGUUGGAGAAGAAUUUUGCGAAAUUCGUGCAACAGUGCAACAGAACUUGCAAACCGAAGUUUGAAAAUGGGAAGAAAAUCGGGCUCUGCUUCCUCCCCGACGUCGUGCUCGAUCCGGAGAAAAACACGGCGAUGACGGACGUUUUCUGCCGCAAAGCGGAGGACUUGUUACUGAUCCCGGAGAGGGAUAGGAAAGUCACCGUCGGUACCCAAGUGGAGGUAUUGGACAAAAGCCGCGGGAAGGAGAAGGGAAGUUGGUUGCUCGGGAAAGUGACGAGGUUGCUGUUCCCGGAGAAGGAUGCAUCGGACGAUUUAUCCGGUUUGGGCUACGAUCAGGCAGACGACGGAGGGAGCCUCGCGGAGAAACAAGGCAGCGUUGCUUCUGACCCUCGGACAUCUUUCGACAAAAAACCCUGCCCGCCAGUCACCGGCUGUGCAGAGAUCGAUUUCUUGAACAUAUGAGAAUGCACAACUCCCCUUCGUUUGUCACGCAAGAGCGCAAGUUCACCCUUUGCCUCUUCGCUCUAUUUGCAUGACACGUUACCGAAGGCGAAGCCCAAACAGAACUACAGUCUUGUAUGACUGAUCAUGCAAAAGCUGCACUCUUGCCCGCGCGUCUGUUGCUGCUCAUGCAUUUUUAAGAGCGAGUUGUGCACUCUCAUAGCAAAGUGAUGGGGGAUUGAACCGGAAGUUGAAUGUGCAGCGGCAGAACAGGAUCUAUCCAGUGCAAAUUGGAAAAACCAUGCGGUUUCCGGCGGAAAGAGUUGUUUCUUCGGGGGCGAUGUUGUAAGAUUUUUUCAUGCGUGACAGGCUCUGAUCUUCCAAAGAUCAAGAUAGAAGUGGCUUGUGUCAACAGUUAGCUGUAGCCGUAUGUAGACACAUAUACAAAUGUUUCAUAUUCAUUGGCAACGCCAAGAAUGUAAAAACACAGACACGAUUAACAUUCGCAUUUUUCAACAUUCCAGCGGGUCCUUCUGCUGAAGGUCCAAAC